AUGAGGUAUAAGGGGACAUUCAAGCCGUCGUUUGUGUUGUGUCAUGAAUCGCGGAAAUUUGUGGAGUUUAAUCUGGCGAGGCCGUUCUUGGAGGAACAUGCGAUGCGAUUAAUUCCCAAUGAGGACAUCAAGGGGUUGUCUCAAGAGGAGAAGGAAGAGAAGAUGCUGCUGGUGCUGAUUUAUGAAGAGCGGACGCUGAUGACGUAUAAGCAAGCGGUGGAGAAAUAUGGAGAAGUUGUGGAGAAGAAGCUGAAGGAGUAUUUGCCGCUGCUGAGUCCGCCGCCACCAUCGAGUGUGUUUAUUAUCACAUUGGAGUGUAUUGUUUGUGUUAGUCACGAUCGAAGUGUGGCAUGA